AUGAGUGUUGUUCAUGCCCAAAAAUUAAUAGUCACAAACGAAUCAAAUUCCUGUUGUAGAUUUGAAUGCACUUCUAGUAAAAACGAAAAAUGUAAACAAUGGAAAAGUUCUUUUUUGGGCAGCAUUUUUCACGGCAGUGGAACUUAUAAAUGGAGUGACUCAUGCGUAUAUGAAGGAUAUUUAUAUGCAAACGUUAAAGAAGGUUACGCCGUUAUUUCGUUUCCCGAUAAUGGAUAUUUUGAGGGUCUUUUUGUUAAAAAUUUACCAUUUGGCCCCGGAGUUUGGACUUAUUCAAAUGGACGACAAGAUGUCGGUUUUUGGAAGGGGAAACUAUUGGUACGACUUAGUAGACCGGUAGAUUUUAUUAUUCCAAGAUUGGCACCAUCUCUUAUUUCAAAAAUUAAACUUUUGCAAUAUCGACAAUUUUCUUCAUUUUCAGAGGGAGAAAUUGUUGAGAAAAAAGAAAUUUUUAAUAUAAACGAAAAUGAAACAUCAUUUGAAAUUUGUCCGCCAUAUUCUACACUUAUUUACGAUCCCAGAAGUAUUUUUUUCGAUAGACCUACAUUUGAUGCUCGUCGAUUUUACGAAUGUGUCGGUGUGACAUUAAAAGAAAGAGAUAAUAUUAAUAACGGUUUAUCAAUAAUUAAUAAAUCAAAUUGUUUUUUGGAAUCGCAAAUUUGUGACGAUAAUAAUUUUUUUUUUUUAAACGACGACGAAAAAAAUAUAAGUAGUGAAUUUAACGAAGAUGAAAUGUCAACGGAUACUCGUAUAGGUAUACUCAAUUAUUACACUAAAUACGGUAAUUUUGAUGGUUUAAAAAACUCCCUUUUACAAAAUAAUACCUUUAAUUUCGAAUACGAUGAUGAAAAUACCAGAAAUGUUGAAAAUCAAGAAAUUCAUACUAACAAACAAUCUUCUUUAAAAAUACUCUCAUGGAAUGAAGGAGAAUUAUGUACGGACAUAGCUAAACAAAUAUAUUUAAAUCGGAAAUUUGAGGACAAGCUUAAUUUUAAAAUAAUCGAAUUACUGAGAGGUACUCGUACAUCUUUUAGAAAAACCGGCGAAAAAGAAAGACGAUGUUUACAAUUUUUAAAAUUAUGUUCUACGGGGCCUAGCAAAGAUGUCAGAGAAUUAUUAUGUAGUGGUUUAAUAAGUGAAGAGCUGAUGGAUAGCAGAGGAAAUAAUGCCAUGAUGUUUGCAGCAGCUACAGAUCAACAUGAAAUUAUUGACAUACUCGCGGACUAUGGAGUCGAUAUUGAUGCUUUUAACGAUGAACUUUUAAAUCCUUUGACUUUAUGCUUGCUUCGAAGAAUUGCAGUCACAUUGAAAUCUAAAAACAGUUUGAUUGUGAACGAAUCGAUAGUAAGUCUCGAUCGUAUUUUUGGAGAUGGAACUUCCAUAAUGGAAGAACAACUUUUAAAUUUUACAAAAAAUUCUUUAACCGAUAAAAAAAAAUCAAAAGAAUCUGACAUUUCCGAUAAAGAAGAAAAUUUAGAUCAUUUAAAUUCGAACGGAGGUUUUAAUGUUAAAAAUGAAAAUUCAAAUCAUGAGGAGGAAGUGAUUGAAAUUUCAAGUUCUGUAAAUUUUUAUGCAAUAUCCGGAAAUUUUACCACGACCAAAAAAUUAUCAUCUAAACCGAAAACAAAUAAAAGAGAAGAAUACCUUAAAAGCAUUGAAAAACCUGAUGCGAAUGCUCAAUAUUUUUUUGCAUUUCAAAAUAUUGAUAAAACAAUUGAAAAACUUUUGCAACACGGAGGAGAUAUUGAAUUAUCAGAAGUUCCCAAACCGUUAAUUCAUUUAGGAAUAUUUACAAAAGAUUUAAAUUUAGAUGGAUUGUUAACUCCUUUACACGUUCUAUCUCUUUUACCGCCCGAUUCUGACUAUACGCAAAUUGCUCUUUUAUUAUUGGGAAAAAAAGCCAAUUUAGAAUUGGAAACAUCUCCUGAUUUUACAAUAAGAGAAGAUGAACUAUCAUUUCUUAAUAAAUAUUACGGAAGGACUCCUUUGCAUCUUUUAUGUAUGAGACCCGAUAUUGAACAUGGAGAUUUGGAAGGACACGUUAUUAAUUUGGGGGUUACUUUGGCUAGAGAAGCGGAUAAAAAUCAUUUUUACAAUGGACAUUCGGGGCUAACACUUUCCAUGAUUUGGGGUAAUUUAAGAUUGGCAAAAGCAUUUUUAGAAUCAAAAUGUUUCGAUCCGAAUCAGGUAUUGGGCGAAGAUCUCAUAUCUCCCAUGUUUGUCUUGGUAUCGAAAGAUUUUCAGAAAAGAACAGAUUAUGAAAAUAGUAUUCAAAUGGCAGACAUGUUACUUAAAGCAGGAGCGGAUAUCGAUUUAGUUCUCACUCUGGCAGAUAAAACUCGAGGAACGUGUAUAGAUUUUGGUUACAAAGAAAUAGAUAAAGAAAAAGCGAAAAGAAAAAUUAACGGGACUGAUAAAUUAGAGAAAGAAGAGAGCAGGGAUUAUUUAGGGGAUAGUGCUAAAGUAUUGGAAUACCUUACGGGAAAAUUACAAAAAUCAAGAAAAAAUUCACAAACGGGAAAAAAUUCUAAUAAAAAAUUAAAAACUAAUAAAGGGGAAGAUUCGAAUGGAAGUAGAAAAGAAAAAGAUGUCGAGAGUGGUAAAAUAGAAGAAUUAUCACAAACCGACAGCAAUUCGUUAUCGAAAAAUUUUCAAAAAGCUAGAUAUUGA